GCUACCCUAACAUGCCUAUGCAAUCUUGUAUGUAGCUGUCGCGAGAUAUAUAGCCUCCCAGUCUUCCAUUUUUCGAGUGAGUUGGGUAUCCAGGCAACUCAGACUUUAAUUCGGGGAGAUAACGACCAGGAGACGGACCAAAACACUUUCCAUCAUUGCCUGUUUUUAGAGUGUCGGUCGCAAUAUCCGAAAUCGUUGCCUCGGCGCCCACGGAAACCCUUGAAUCGAAAACACUCGAAAAAUGUGCGUCCCAGAAUGCACAUUUGUGACCUCAUCACUCGUUCAUCCCACACCCCAACUGCCUGUCCUCCCUCAAGAUGUGAAGCCCCAUUUGACCAAAGGACCCCCAUAGACCAAGACCCGAGCUUUGUAGAUUAUGACUUAAUUUCCUCCUCGCGGGUAUACAUAGCAUCGUAA